AGCUUUUUGAUUUUGAUAUCGAAGUCCGGCCCAUGCUGGAGGUCUUGGUGGGCAAAACCAUCGAGCAGGCUCUGCUGGAGGUGAUGGAGGAAGAGGAACUGGCCAAUCUGCGGGCGCAUCAGUACGCCUUCCUUGAAAUGCGGGCGGCGGAACUCGCGGAGGUCCAGCGCCUUGAAGAGCAGGAGAGGAGACACCGAGAAGAAAAGGAGCGCCGUAGAAAGCAGCAGUUGAAUAUACUUCAGAAGGAGAAAGAAACGGCAGAGAAGAUCGCCGCUCGAGCUUUCGCCCAACGCUACCUCUCUGAUCUCAUCCCGUCCGUCUUUGGCAGCCUACGGGACAGCGGAUACUUCUACGAUCCGGUGGAAAGAGACAUCGAGACGGGCUUCAUCCCGUGGAUCAUGGAUAAGAUGGAAGUCCUGCUGGAGAGAAGGGCCCUCGGCCGAAUCAUUGCUGAUAGUAAGUCCCCCACCAAUCCCUUGAAAUGGUUGCAGGAAGAAGACGAAAGCAGCUAA